AUGGACCUCCUGCAAGUAACUAACAACAACCUGACCCAAGAAAAAGAUCGGUUCCAAGAAAGAAACACCAACUUAACCAAAGAGAGAGACCAAUUGACUACAACUUGGAGUGAUGGUAAACAACACUGCAUGGAUCUAGGGGGGCAUUUGGUGAUUAUUGACAGUGAGGAGGAACAGGUAUUUAUGGCAGGAAUCCAGAAAAGAGGGUGGAUCGGUCUUACUGAUGUGGAGGGAACAUGGAAAUGGUUAGAUGGCAAAUUGCUGGAAACUGGGUACUGGAAUGAGGGAGAGCCAAAUAACUUUAAGGGAAAUGUGCACUGUGUAGAGAUCCUCCAUAGCGCUACCUCCCUGAAAAACUGGAAUGACAACAUUUACCUCUCAGGUCUCAGGAGCGGUGCAGCUCUGGAACAAUCUUUCGAAUGA